AUGGCUUGCAAUGCUUCUGCUGCUGCUUCUUCUUCGCCCAACACUCUUCUGUGUCUCUUCUGGAUUUUUCUUUCGCUUAUCUCCGGAUCGGCGCAACUGGCCAUAGAGAAGGAGCGGAAGGCACUGCUCAACGUGAAAAAUGGGCUCUCUAUCGCCCAUGGCGAACUGUCUUCAUGGAGCGGCGACGACUGCAGAACAUGGGAGAGAGUUCAGUGCCACAACAUAACGAGUCAUGUUGUAAAACUUGAUCUCUCUAAUCUUGGAGGGUCAACGCCCAUAAAAAGUGAGGUAAUUUCUUCUCUACCUGAUUUGGAGCACUUGACUUAUUUAGAUUUAAGCUGGAACAACUUCGGUGGCGCUCCAAUUCCUGGGUUUCUUGGAUCUUUAACUCAACUGGAGCACUUACACCUUUCUCAAGCCGGAUUCAGUGGAAGAAUUUCACACCAGCUCGGCAAUCUCUCGAAGCUGCUUCACUUAGCUCUAAACCAUAACAGUAUGGAGGGAGAAAUACCUGAAACAGUUAUCCAUCUCAGAAAUCUGCAGUUCCUGGACUUGAGCCAUAACAGCAUCAGUGGUCAGAUUCCAGAAAGUAUUGGAAACCUUAAAUGCUUGCAAGCCUUGCUCCUCUCUUUCAACAACAUUGAAGGUGUAAUGCCCAAAAGCAUUGGAAACUUGAGUAAACUGUCAGUUUUAGAUCUGUCUAAUAACAGAAUGGUUGGAGCCAUUCCAGGGACUAUUGGCAAUCUGACUGCCCUGCAGAAUCUGAACUUAUCAGGCAAUCAAAUUACUGGGCACAUACCAAAUUCAGUUGGAAAUCUCCAGCAAUUGGAACAACUCAGUUUGUCUGACAACCUCAUAAGUGGAUCACUACCUAGUUCAUUGGGGGAUCUGUGCAACUUGAGUAGAAUUCAUCUCCUUAAUAAUAGAAUAGCAGGGGAGCUUGCUGAGUUUUUCGAGCAACUAUCAAAAUGCAGAAACGAUGACAUGCGGCUUUCCCUUAUCCUGCAGGGAAAUGAGAUCGGUGGCCCUCUACCAAUUCACAUGGACAAGCUUCAGAGGUUGUUUAAACUUGACCUUGGCUCCAAUUCACUGAGUGGCUCAAUCCCAACUUCUUUGGGGAAACUGUCUCGACUAAUGAGCUUAAAUCUGUCUUCCAACUAUUUGGUUGGAGGCCUCACAAAAGCACACUUCGCCAACCUCACAAGUUUACUCACCAUGGAUCUAUCUCACAACCAUUUGUCAAUCAACGUGAGCAGUGGCUGGCUUCCUCCAUUCCAUGCAAAUGUAAUCGCAAUGAGAUCUUGCAACUUGGGGCCCAGGUUUCCUCCAUGGCUGCAGAACCAAACCAGAUUGCACUCCCUUGACAUAUCGAAUAACGGCAUAUCAGACUUCUUUCCAGAGUGGUUUUGGAACUUGUGCAUGCCACUCAUGGCGCUGAAUGCCUCUGGCAAUCACAUGAGAGGGGUGCUGCCAAUCUCUUUAGAAUGCUUCAAGAAUGUGGCAGUCUUUGAUUUAAGCCACAACAACUUGGGAGGCUUGAUACCAAGAAUGCUUCAUGUCAGUCUGUACUUGGACCUCUCUCACAAUUCAUUCAGUGGACCAAUUCCUGAAAGCUUGUUUGGCGGCGGCCCUCGCGUUAUGCUUUUGUCUAAUAAUAGCUUAAGUAAAACGGUUCCAUCCUCCAUUUGUGUACCACCUUUGCGACUUGUGGAACUUAACAACAAUAGUUUAUCUGGAGCACUCCCAAAUUGCUGGAGCAAAUCACAACAGCUUGCGAUCUUGGAUUUUUCUAGCAAUGAAUUAUCAGGUGGUAUUCCCCCAACGCUCGGGUUUCUGACCAUGCUCGAGUCGCUGCACUUGAACAACAAUAAUUUCUCUGGCAGAAUUCCCUUAACCUUGCAAGGAUGCAGCAGUCUCCUGGUUAUGGAUUUAAGCUUCAAUGAAUUGUCUGAUGACAUACCCAGUUGGGAUGGAGGGAGUCUGAAGUCACUGCGAGUUCUUUCUCUGAGGUCAAACAAGUUGAGUGGUGAAAUCCCAUUGGAACUGUCACUGAUCCCUUCGCUCCAAGUGCUAGAUCUUGCUUGCAAUAAGCUCUCUGGCUCUCUGCCUUCAGGUUUUGGUAAUUUCAGUUCCAUGGCAACAGACCAGAAUGGCAAAGAACUUGCUCAGCUUCAUACGAGAGUGCCAGGAGAGCGUUCAUUUUACUACCAUGAGAAUGUCACUAUAAUUGCCAAAGGCUUACAGUUGACUUAUAGCAAUUCGCUUUGGCUUGUCACUAGCAUCGACCUCUCCAACAACAAACUCUCCGGCGAGAUUCCAGAGGAGCUGACAAAUCUCCAUGGCCUUCGUUUCCUCAACUUGUCUUGGAAUCAUUUCUCAGGCAGCAUGCCAUAUGAGAUUGGUCUCAUAGGUCAACUAGAAUCGCUCGAUCUUUCAAAGAACAACUUGUCCGGUGGAAUUCCUUCAAGCAUAUCUGCUUUAUAUUCCCUGAGCAUCUUAAAUUUAUCCUACAACAAUCUUAUUGGGAGAAUACCAAUGGGCAAUCAGCUGCUAACUUUCACUAACUUGUCGUACAUGGGCAACCCUCGACUUUGUGGGGAGCCACUGCAGAUCAAGUGCCCAGGCGACAACCCAACCAUUGAUAGAGUAACCGAAGAAGAGAGCAUGCAUGAAGAUGAUAAGUACGGAGGAAUUUGGUAUUUCAUUGGUUUUACUCCUGGAUUUGUGUUUGGUUUCUGGGGAUUCGUGGAACUACGUCUGGAAGAGGAUGCAAUUCGUGCAAAAGAAGCCGAACUUCUGGCUACUAUUAUUCCUCUUCCUUCAAUCGAGGAGCUGGCUCCUUUAGCGGAGGCACCCAGUUCUUUGGGGGUUCUUGAAGCUCUUAAGGCUCCUGAAGGUCCUUCUACGGAGAUCCUUGCUAUUUCUCUACCCACCGUUACUUCCCCAAUGGCUACUACUACUUCUUCAUCUGCUCCUCUUCCCCUCAUUGAACUCACAUCUUCCGGUAGCCCCAAUAAAUCAAUGGUUGAACUUGUUACCGGCAAACGUCCGGGGCGUAAACUUACCAGAAUCCCUCCAUCCAAAAGGAGGCUUGUCCUUCCGGCUGAUGAACAGGUUUCAGAAGGUUUCAUUCCUGCUGAUCCUCCUUCUGACGAUCCCACGUUGGCUGAACUCUACCCUUCUCUCACUUUUCCUGCUUCACCUUUCUCUAAUGCCAGCGCUUCUGGCGGUUCCUUCGCCGGCGCUUGGGAUAAAGUUCGUCCUAUUUUUGAAGAACUCAAUACUCCUGAAGCAAUCGACCGUUUCUCCCACAAGGAGAAUCAGCGAUGGAUAGAAAACAUGGGUUUAUCUCGACUGAUGCAUAAUUUAUAUAAUGAGAACAAGAAAGUAAAAUAUGAGAAUGAUCAGUUGAGACAACAAGUUACUGAGUUAUCUUCUACCGUGUUUUCUGCUGCUGCCAAGAAGCAACUUGAAGCUCAGAUUGAAAGUCUUCAAACACAAUUCAAAUCGGCUACGAACCUCAAUCAAGAAUUAACUUCCAAAAUCGGCAAGCUAAAGUUAAAGUCGAGGUUUCUGUCAAAGAGGAUGAACUGA